GCUUUGCUCCGGGACCGCGCUGCUUUGUGAUGAGGCUGUGAUUCAGUCAGUCCCAGCAGCAGAGCCGAACACAGAGGAAUUAGAUGGGGCAGCGUGUCUAACAGUGUCUGUUUCUUCUCAGCGCCAUGACUUUAUCUCACCUCCGACCUGUUCGUCUCCCAGAGAAGCUUUUUUUCUCUUAGUAUUUUCCUGAAAUAACGGUACACGGAGGGCUUGUUGCCACUCGCAGCGGCUUCCCUCCUCACCUGCGUGCUGCUUUGUGCGGACCAUCCGGAGCGGACUGGCGGAGACUUUUGAAAGCGGUGUCCGGGAGAAAAGUUACCCUGUGGGAUGUUUGAGCUUCGGCUUCCAUCCUGCAGCGUCUAGGAUGCUGCCUGAGGAGUUAGAUGCUGGUUGCGCAGAUUUCUCUCCAUGAAUUGGAGAUAACUUGGAUAUACGACCGUUGAACAGCCACACUGUUACCCCACAGUGUUCAUGCUCUGAGGACUGUCAGCAGCCGUGUCUACCUAUGAAGAAUCCCAGCACAUGAUGGAGAGCAGCCUGAUUCUGGUUCCUGUGCUCAUUUUCUUUGCUCUGGAAACUUUGGCAUCUGGGUCUCGUCCCAGGUUAGAGGAUGCUGCUCCUCGGAUCAUCGAGCAUCCAUCUGAUUUAAUCGUGUCCAAGGGAGAACCAGCCACUCUCAACUGUAAGGCCGAGGGUCGGCCCACACCAACGGUGGAGUGGUACAAAGAUGGCGAGCGGGUGGAGACGGAUCGAGAGGACCCUCGAUCCCACCGCAUGCUGCUGCCAAGCGGGUCACUCUUUUUCCUGCGAAUAGUGCAUGGAAGGAGGAGCAAACCCGAUGAAGGCGUUUACGUGUGUGUGGCACGCAACUACCUGGGCGAGGCUGUCAGUCGCAACGCAUCGCUGGAGGUGGCAAUUCUGAGAGAUGACUUCCGUCAGACACCGAGUGAUGUAGUGGUUGCAGCAGGUGAGCCAGCUGUAAUGGAGUGUAUUCCCCCCAGAGGCCAUCCUGAACCAACCAUCUCCUGGAAAAGAAACAACAUCCGAGUCAAUGAUCGAGAUGAAAGGAUUACUAUCCGAGGAGGAAAGCUGAUGAUUUCAAACACCAGAAAGAGUGAUGCUGGCAUGUAUGUAUGCGUGGGAACAAACAUGGUUGGUGAGAAAGACAGUGAUCCAGCUGAACUAGUUGUAUUUGAAAGGCCCAUCUUCACCAAACAACCAGUGAACCAGGUGGUGUUGGCAGAUGACACAGUGGAGUUCUUCUGCGAGGUGCAUGGAGAUCCCACUCCGACAGUCCGCUGGCGGAGGGAAGAGGGAGAGUUGCCCCGGGGCAGAUUUGAGAUCCGCAGUGACAACAGUCUGCGUCUGAGCCAGGUGCGAGCAGAGGAUGAGGGCACCUAUACCUGUGUGUCAGAGAACAGCGUGGGCAAAGCUGAGGCCUCCGGAACCCUCCAAGUGCACGUUGGCCACUCAUUGCCUCCUCAGAUUGUUGUCCGGCCACGAGACCAGAUCACAGCCCCAGGUCGGACCAUAACCUUCCUCUGCGGUACCAAGGGAAACCCUCCGCCUGCAGUCUUCUGGCAAAAAGAAGGCAGUCAGAUCUUGCUGUUCCCCAUCCAGGAGCCUUCUCAGUCAAGUCGUUUCUCUGUGUCUCUGAGCGGUGAGCUCACCAUCACUGAUGUACAAGUUGAAGACUCAGGCUACUACAUCUGCCAGGCCAUCAGCGUGGCUGGCAGCAUCCUGACUAAAGCCCUGCUGGAGGUGGAAAAUGCACCCUCAGACCGGGUCCCUCCCAUUAUCCGCCAGGGGCCAGGCAAUCAUACUGUAGCUCCUGGUUCGACUGCUCAGCUACACUGUCACGUCAUGGGCAACCCCAUCCCCAGCAUUCAAUGGGAGAAGGAUGGCCAGAGAAUCCUGGGAAAUGACGGUCGAAUAAGCCUGAUGGAGAAUGGCACCUUUCAAAUCACCCGCCUCCAGGAAACGGAUUCUGGAGUUUACACCUGCCUGGCUUCCAGCUCCAGUGGAGAGACGAGUUGGAGUGGAGUGCUCACAGUCAAAGAGAGCGCUGACCCAUUGGUCACGCAGGCCACAGAACCCUUCCAGCUGCCGGGCCCACCCCACAAACCCAUUGUCACAGAUGUGUCGAAGAACAGCGUCUCUCUAACCUGGCAACCCAACGCUCAUGAGGGUGGAGCUGCUGUCACCUCCUACAUCAUCGAGGCCUUCAGCCAAUCAGCUGGCAGCACAUGGCAGACUGUAGCAGACAUGGUGAAGAUGGAAACACACACCAUCACUGGCCUUCUUCCCAACACUGUCUACCUGUUCAUUGUCCGAGCUGUCAACGCCUACGGCCUGAGCGACCCCAGUCCCAUCUCUGAGCCAGUCAGGACACAGGACGUGAGUCCUACAGGUCAGGGGGUGGAUCACCGGCAGGUACAGAGGGAGCUGGGAGAGGUGGCUGUCCAGCUUCAGGACCCAGUCAUGGUCACAACAACCUCCAUCCGAGUGUCCUGGACAGUGGACCGUCAGUCUCCGUAUGUCCAGGGCUACCGCCUGUUUUACCGCCCCAGCGGGGGAACCUGGCUCCUCCAGGACAUUAACUCACCCUCGGAGCGCAGCGUCGUCCUCACCGGCCUGCUAAAAGGAACUGAGUAUGAGAUAAAAAUCCGUCCGUACUUCGAUGAAUUCCAGGGCAAGGACAGCCGAACGCUGCUGAUCCGAACUCGAGAAGAAGUCCCCAGUGCCCCACCUAGAGGAGUUACAGUGGCAACAGUGAAGCUCAACAACAGCUCCACCAUCAGCGUCACCUGGGAGCCUCCACCCAGCGACAUGCAGAACGGCAUCAUCCAGGAGUACAGGGUUUGGUGUGUGGGCAGCGGCAGUGAUAAUCAGACACGCUACUACAUCAACAGGACGGUGGACAGUAACACGCUGUCCACAGUGCUGAAAGGCCUCAUCCCCGGCGUGCUCUACCAGGUGGAGGUGGCGGCAGUGACGAGCGCCGGCGUUGGAACUCGCAGUCAUCCCGUGUCUGUUCUCAUCAAGCUGCCAGCUGAACAGCCGACUGCUUCAGGCGGCGGAGGGACCAGUGACAGCAGCGAGGAGGGCAGCGUGAGUCUGGCUGAGCAGAUCACUGACGUGGUUAAGCAGCCGGCGUUCAUCGCAGGCAUCGGCGGGGCCUGCUGGGUUAUCCUCAUGGGCUUCAGCUUGUGGAUCUACUGCCGCCGCAAGAAGAGGAAGGAGUUGAGCCACUACACCGCUUCCUUCGCCUACACACCAGCAGUUGGUUUCCCUCAUGGUGAGGGAUCAGGACUCAGUGGAAGGCCUGGUGUGCUGGGGGGCAACAUGGGGAACUACCCAUGGCUGGCAGACUCUUGGCCCACCACCAACCUGGUCCACAGCAGCAAGGAGGCCGUCCACUGCUGCACCACCAAUCACGACACAGCUGAAAGAUAUUACAACGAAGCUGGGAUCUCAAACUACCUCAAUCAGACAGAGAAGUACAGCAUAGGAGGCUCCACAGAAGGUCCCAUCUACAGCACCAUUGAUGCCACCAGUGAAGACCUGCACAGCUUCACCUACGGCCAAAACAUCUCCACAACCCCGUACGCCACCACCUCCAUCAUGCCCUUUGCCAGUCAGACACAGGGAGCAGCUUACACUGGCGAGCAGCAGGAAGAAGGGCACUGGAUCGCCCAGCCAGGCCCCUCUGGAGCUCAGUAUGCCCAGCCGGAUCGCUGCAGUGGUAAGCCCAAGCAGAAGGCAAUGGGGAAGGCUGUUAAGACCCCAUCUCUGACCUGGAUGGAGGCUUUGCCCCCACCUCCACCAGUUGGAGAGCUGGAACAGUGUGAGCAAGACAGCCAGCAUGAUGACAUGGACAUAGGCUCGGAUGAGGAGUGGUGUCCACCCCUUCCUGAGAGGACUUACCUGAUGGAAGGCUGUGAAGAGGGGCCCUCUGGCCCUCAGAGAAACAUCACGUCCUCACCAGCCACUUCCUACAGCCAUCAGUCGACCGCAACCCUCACGCCUUCACCCCACGAGGAAGCCAGAGCCCUUAGUGACCAGCAGCUGUCACGCAAACAGACUGCUGGGAUGGUGUCAAUCCCACAGAAAUCAAGUCACAUUAAAGCUUUGCUGGAGGGAGGCUUUUCCAUGUGCUUCUUUCCACUAUUUUACAUUACAACAGGACUGGGAGGGAUACCUUCAACUGGACAGUUUUUUCUUGGUGCCAAAAUGAAAAUACGACCUUCUGGAAUGGCUGCCAGAAGUGACGGAGAAGGAAAAUAUUACCUCACAGGAAGCUUCACAUUUAAACUCAGAAGGUUACCCUGCGGUCCAGUGCCAGUUCCCCAGGCGCCGAGCCCACCACUCACCCAGUCCAACCCCAUCCUGUGUAGCCAACAGCAUCUCAGCUCAACAGAGGUUGGCACGCUGCAGUUCCAAAGUCCUGCUCACUGCUGCCUUCACAGCCAGGGGCCAACAGUGAACGAAGACAGCGCAGCUACGCCUGUGCACAGCCGCUCCUCUCCAGCCGAAACCUGCGCUCCUCCCAUCCAAAAAUCCAGAGUGAAGAAAAAGGUGUCCAAGACGUCAGCAUACAGAAGAGAUAUUCAAGGAGACCUCCCCCCACCUCCGGAACCCCCUCCAGAGGAGGAUAGGCUUCAAGGCCCUCAGGGGUGUAUGGAGACCAGCAGCUUGGCAAACGGUGCCCCUUCUUCCCUGGAGAGGAGUGAACACAGCAGCAACAGCCACCAGCGGAAAGGCUCGGGACAAAAACACGCCGACAAUGAAGAAGUGGUGGCAUACAGCAGUAAGAGCGGCUACCUUUCCAGGAGUCAGAUGUCCAGUAACUGCUCGACCACGGGGAGCUCCUCAUCCAGAGGCUCCACCGGCUCUCGGGGGCUCAGCUCGGCCAGGAAACACAUCGAGGAAAUGAGAUAAGGAGCCCAGUAAAUCUGUCAGUAUACCUGUGAUGCCUCCAUCAGCCCUCCCCAUCUUUUCACCAGAGACCCAACGGACUAAAGAUGAAGAGAAGCUUUCAGUUUUCAACAUGCUACACUUAUUGCUGUGAAAGAAGAAAAACUGACUUUUGGUAUUACUAUAAUUAUUUAUGAGUUUGAGUUCACUUUUCUUCCGUAUUUUGUAAAUACCUGUCUGUACUGUUCUUUUGUGAGCUCUGGAUACAGGGAGAGAGACGUAUAUCGUAUUUAUGAUCAAAAAAAAAAAAUCAAAGGAUAAAAAAAAAGUCUGUUAUUAUGGAAAACGUCUUCUUGAAUGUGCCAAUUUUUUUUGUCAAUAUGUAAACUUUUAGGGGAAAGCAUUAACUACUGUUGCACUCUUGUUGUGAUGGCAAAACAACAGAAAAUAAGAAGCACAAAGUGUGUUUGCUGGUUGAGGAAAGAGGUUGGAAAAGCCAAAAAAAACCCGGAGGUGUGCCACUAGCGCCUCCCUUCUGGGAUCCCUGCAUCCUAGGUGUCCGUUACGAAUGUCAUAUUUCUCUAUGAUUCCUUUGGUUUUUCUGCAGCACUGUGCUGGCUGACUGAGAGGCUUUAUGAAAGUUUGAUUGUACCCCCUCUUGUACGCCUCCAAACAAACCCAACCCUCCCCCUUUUUACAUCUUAGAGACCGUUUGCUGCAGUUCUGAAAAUAAGAUUUCAUAUGCUCCUUCUAAAACAAGGAAACGUCUGUGGGCUGACUUUUUGUACUCGUUGUUUUGUAAAUGUACAAUAAAAAUACAUUUGCUGAUUAA